ACUGAAGUGCGCAGGAGCAAAAAUAAUGUGACGUUAGGCGGAAGUGCGCUGGGAAGACAGUGAGGAGCUCGCGUGGCUGAGGAUGGAUUCUGUAGCUCCAGCCUGGGUGGGCAGUGUGUUUCUCUUCAUUCACUCAGAUGAAAUGGAUCUAUCAGCCAUGUACAAGGAACCCCAGCUACGCCUGAAAAUUUAUAAAGCCCUGAAACUGACACUUGCAGAUGCCGCUGGCAGUUCCGGAGGUGUCGAAAUCCUGAAAAUUUACGGCAGUGGCUUUGGACUCGAGCUGAAAUUUACAGAAGAAAGGAAAUGCAAGAAUUUUCUUCACAAUUACAGAAAUGACAAACUCCAGCAGGCUUUAGUGUACCAUUUCAGAAACCAAUCAAUACCCAACUUCACUUGUAGUACAGAGCUUAAGGCUGGCACAGUGACAUUGGAUGACAUCCUGGAAAAUCCAGAAGACUGUCUGAGGCAUAUCAAAGCCAACGAGCCUAACCACCUCCGUGACGAUGAAGUUUCCAGAUUGGAAGAAGACAUUAGACGACUGGUCCUCGAAUAUAGUUCAAGCUGCCAGAGCUCCGAGACACACUGCAGUGUUAAUUUAAAAACCCCAACAGCAGCCUCAACCCUUUCACCAAUCUCACCACCUUCAAUCUCGCCAUCUUCAAUCCAAGCCAAUGGAAGCCCUUUGUACUCGACUGACCGUUUUGAAUUUCAAGGUGUUUUAUUUGAUGACCGUGUUUUAACUUCGCAAGAUCAUUUCACCUUUGCCAAAACUGUGGGUAGGAAGUGGAAGGAGGUUGGCCGCUUGUUAAAGAAAAACUGCCGAGGUCUUCGGGAUCCUGCCAUUGACAAUAUAGCUUUUGAGUACGAACGGGAAGGAUUGUAUGAACAAGCAUAUCAACUGCUGCUCAAGUUUAUGCAGUGCGAAGGGAGGAAAGCGACAAUGAGUAGGCUGGUCAAGGUUUUGGAGGAAACUGAACUGGUGGGAGUUGCUGAGCAGUUGCUGGACUCCUCGAGUAGUUAAGAAGGAAGUGACUGAAUCCUAAGGAAAGUUGGAAUAUUUUAUGGUGAGGUGUAAAACUGAAGGGAAAUUGUGGGAAGGUAAAGAGUUUUAUUACUUGUAUUAAAAUUAAUCAUUUUGCCUGAGCAAAUGUAUUUUUUAAUCUGACUGAGGUGAAUCUUAUGUUGGAGGCAGUCCAGUUCCUUCAGAAUUCAAUAGCACUUAUUUUUUUAAAUAAUCUCUGAAUCUAGUUCUCAUCUAUGCAUAUGCAUAUUUUUAAUACAUGCUAUGUAGUAUUUUCCACAUUGAUUUGCAAGCCAAAAUCUCUAUUAAUUAUGAGAUAGCACAAGUAUUUCUUUAAGUAAUCAAAUAUUUUCAGAAAUGCUUAUUUUGAAUCUUUUUAACGCUUAACGUUAAAUUUGAGAUCUCCAAUGUAAACUUUGGCAUGAU